UAUAUAAAUUUAGUUUCCCCUUUCAAAUUCACAAAACCUUGUCCAAAUUUGAAGAAAUUAUGGCGACAACCGACCUUCCCCAAGAAAUCUUGAUCGACAUUUUCUCCCGGCUGCCGGCAAAAUCAGUUGGAAAAUGCAGAUGCUUAGCUAAAACAUGGCGAACUCUUCUCUCCACCCCUCAAUUCAUCAAAUCCCACCUCAUCCGAAAACCCCAUCAACAAAAUCUCAUUCUCAUAGCGCCGUCCGGUUCCGUCCACUUCGCCGCCUCCGCCGCCGUUGACGGGGCCGUCUCAAGAAAGCUCCAAUCCCCGGAAAAUAUGAUAGAGGUCGCUGGCUCUUGCGAUGGAUUGGUUCUGUUGGUCGACGAAGAUCGGAAGCUUCUAGUAAAUCCCAUCACUCAGCAGCAGAUAGAAAUAACUGAUUCGCCGCUGGCUUUGACCAAACGCGAGAGCUUCAGCAUGUACGGGUUAGGGCAUGAUAGGAUCAACGACGAUUACAAAAUUGUCGCGCUUUCAUAUUGGGACACCGACAACGAGCACAAUCCGGAUUGUGCCGAUACAUUUGUGGAUGUCUAUUCUGUUACAAGAGGUGUUUGGAAAAGGGUCGAUAAUUCGCCUUAUGAUCACGCGGUUCCUCAUCUUUCUUGUGGGGCUUUUGUUAGCGGCGCGAUUCAUUGGCUGGCGAGCAGUCGAGAAGAGGGCUAUACGUCUGUAAUUGCUGCUUUCGAUUUAGCACGCGAGGUGUUCGACGAAAUGCCUGCUCCUAGUGGAGUUGAUUUGGGGAAGUUCGUGUUUUGGAAGCUCGUUGUUCUUGAAGGGUGCCUUUGUUUGGUUGAUGCUGGACGCGAUAGAAGUGAUGUUUGGAUCAUGAAAGAGUAUGGCGUGGGAGAAUCUUGGACGAAAUUGAGUAUUGAAGGAGGAUGUGUAUAUGAUAUAAUUAAGCCUCUGUGUUUUGAUGGGGAUGAUGAGGAGAUUGUGUUGAUGACUGAGGGGGAGAGUUUGGUUGUUUACAAUGUGAAGGCGAAGUUGUUUAGGGACAUGGUUGUUGAUGGAGUUCCGGCUAUGUUUGUGGACGGAGGUGUCUUUGUUGACAGCCUCGUCUCGCCUGCUUUAUGUGAGCAAGUGAUGUAGGACUGCAUGACGGUGGACUCGAACCUAGGUUGAGCAAUGCUUAGAAAUGGAGAGAUGUAGAGUUUCAGAGUACUUGAAGCUCACAAACACGAACAGAGUAUCGGACAUGUGUUUGCUGUGUCCUCUUUUGUUGCAGUAAUGAGCUAGAAACAAUCUGCUUUUCACUCGUCUAAACGUACAAACUUUGUUGCAGGUUGUGCAACAUGAACUGCUCAACGUACAUGCAU